AUGGCCGACAAAAUGGACAUGUCUCUGGACGACAUCAUUAAGCUGAACCGGAGCCAGCGGGGCGGCCGCGGCGGGGGCCGGGGCCGAGGCCGGGCCGGCUCCCAGGGAGGCCGCGGCGCGCAGGCCGCCGCACGAGUGAGCCGGGGCGGCGGGCCCAUUCGGAACCGGGCGGCCCUCGCCCGCGGCGCGGCGGGCGGCGGAGGCAGGAACCGGCCGGCGCCCUACAGCCGGCCGAAACAGCUUCCCGACAAGUGGCAGCACGACCUCUUCGACAGCGGCUUCGGCGGCGGCGCCGGCGUGGAGACGGGCGGGAAGCUGCUGGUGUCCAACCUCGACUUCGGGGUGUCCGACGCCGACAUCCAGGAGCUGUUUGCGGAGUUCGGGACCCUGAAGAAGGCGGCCGUGCACUACGACCGCUCUGGCCGCAGCCUGGGAACCGCCGACGUGCACUUCGAGCGGAAGGCAGACGCCCUGAAAGCGAUGAAGCAGUACAACGGCGUCCCUUUGGAUGGCCGCCCCAUGAACAUCCAGCUCGUCACCUCACAGAUAGACACGCAGCGCAGGCCGGUUCAGAGUGUCAACAGAGGCGGGAUGACUAGAAACCGAGGAUCCGGAGGCUUCGGCGGCACUCGGAGAGGCACCCGCGGAGGCAGCCGGGGCAGAGGCAGGGGCACCGGCCGGAGUUCAAAGCAGCAGAUCUCCGCGGAGGAGUUGGACGCUCAGCUGGACGCAUACAACGCCAGGAUGGACACCAGUUAA